AUGGAGGAACGGUCAAGCUCUCGGGCGUCGGGAACGACCUACCACAGCUUCAACGAGAUAGAGCUGUUCGAGCCCGCUUCGCCCCCGCGCCCUCCCGUCACCUAUGACAGCAAGAGUCUCCAGCAUCUCGAGCACCUGCAGCUCGAGCUGCAACGCCAACAACGCGAGGCCAUGGCCAUGAGGGACAGGCGCCCAACCACGGCCACCAAGAUGCAGAGGCAGGACUCCGGCUACGAGUCAACCACGCCGCCUCGCCGCGCAUCCACAUCCAACUCGCGUCCCUCAGACUCGCGUCCCUCAGUCGCGAGGCGCUCCUCCAAUGGCUCAUCUAACGGCGGCGGAGGAGUGACGUCUCGCUUCCGCAACAGACCGUCCCUCCGCCGUGCAGUCCAAUCUCACCAGAGUGCCCGCAACAGUAACCAGUCCCUCCAUCCCGUCCGCUCCAAUGGCUCGGCCCAACCCAAUGGCUUCUUCCACUUCCCGUCGCCGGAUCCGAUCCAACUCUCGGAGCCAAUCCAGCUCGCCGACUCCUCCCCCGACGCUCGGGUCGCUCCCACGCCCGCUCCCACGCCGCCUCCCCAGACGACCCAUUACUGGACCAGCGACCGCACCCGUCGUCUCGAGUACGCCGCCAUCGACGCCGCCACAAGAGGCGUCAAGGGUUGGAUCAUGAAGCACCUCGUCCCGGAGUGCUUUGUGCCCAAGGAGAACAGACACGUCUCCUUUGACGACGAAUCGGGCAGCGUCCGUCGGUACAGGCUCGACCUGGAGGAAGACGAAGAGAAGCUGGGGCGUGACAGAUGUUUCCGCCGACGCAGAGGAUGGCGUUUCUGGCGACGUCGCAAGACCGUUGUCACCGCGCCCACACCCUUUUAA